AUGCUGCCACCCACGACCGAGAACAAGAAUUCCAUUCUACGUUUACCAAAUGAAAUCUUACGCCUCUGUUUUGAACAGGUCGCCCAGCUCGAUCAUCAAUUGGCUAUAGGGCUCGACUACUACAACAGACGUUACGGACCAAUCAAGGAACGUAAACGUUUAGGUCCUCAUCAAGGGCAAAUCAACGUCGAAGGCCAAUACUCGCUCGCUCUCACAUGUCGACGCUUCUACCAUUUGGUAGUGCCCAUCUUAUACACAACCGUCCACAUCGAUGCGCAUUACUUUAAUCAAGAGUGGGCUCUUCAAAAGGACCUUUUCUUUAAAAUCAUUGAUAACAAGCCAAUCCUCCAGACUUACAUCAGGGAUUUGAAGAUCCAGUGGGACGAUCUAUGCAUGAAUGACGAGAUAAUCAAGACUUUGGUCAAGUUGCCUAAUCUAGAGCGUCUGGGACUUGAUAUGUUGGAUCUUGACCCUGGUGAAGUAGAUCUAGGUCCAUCGUCUAUAAGCUUCCGAGACCUGCGCGCCAAAGCAGAAGUUAUCAAACGCCUACUAGAAUGGCCACGAAAUCUCCACACAUUUGACGUCGACCACAUGACCUACGAUGCCUACGAUUGGGACCAAAUGGAGCCAGAUCCUGCGUACCGCUGGGAUCACGACAAACUCACUGAUGUGCUUCUACCCCAGCGCCAGUCCCUUCGUGUCUUAAAUCUGGGAUGGUUAGGAUACACCCUCAACCAGAACACGUUCUCGACGUGGGAUUACCCCCAACUACAAACCCUGACUCUGUGCAUCACCUACGAAGAUCCAACCCCAGAAGCUUGUCUUCGAUGGUUAAGUCCCAGCCUGCAAACCCUGGUUCUCAAUCUUCAGUAUAACUCUGUACAGCAGGGUAUAUACAGCAUGCUUAACAAGAGACAAAUGGGGGUGGUUAAGAUGGUCGGAAAAUGUGCUAGGAAGAUAAAAGCAGGUGCCGGACGUGGUGGAAGUAACCUGGAUAGGAUCGGUCUCCAGGUAUUUGUUGAUGGCUCGGAGGUUAAUCGUGACCGGGAACCAAAAUUUCUGCCCAGCAAUUAUGACAGCAAGCAUCUACUCGUGUCAGCUCUGGAGAAGCUGCAGAAAUAUGGGUUUCGGUCGUUUUGUAUUGGACCGAGUGGUACUGAGUAUACAGCUGAGGAUAUACGAGGCUUCUGGAAUUGGAUCCAUGAAUAA